AGGGAGAGAGAGUGAGAGAGAGAGAGAGAGAGAGAGAGAGGGAGGGAGAGGUGGAUUAUCAGGACGCAGUGAGUGUUUGUCAUGUUCCAGCUAUUCAAGCAUGCAGUUUUGUUUUAUGUUCGGUUAGGAAUUCUUCAAGAAGAACAAAUUAAGCUGUGUGAAGGAUUCAUCAGGACACAGAAGACUGACACACUGUGGUGGACCGGCAGAAUCAGGAUCACAGCUAGACUAAAUGCAACAAUUCCUUUAGCUGGAAGCAGACCACAUAUCUCAGUGCAUCAUGGAUUUUGUGAUGAAGCAAGCGCUGGGCGGGGCCACCAAAGACAUGGGGAAGAUGUUAGGUGGAGAGGAAGAGAAGGACCCUGAUGCCCAGAAGAAGGAGGAAGAGAGGCAGGAGGCGCUCAGACAACAAGAAGAGGAGCGAAAGGCCAAACAUGCUCGUAUGGAGGCCGAGAGGGAAAAGGUCAGACAGGCCAUUCGAGAUAAGUAUGGUCUAAAGAAGAAAGAAGAGAAGGAGGCAGAGGAGAAAGCGGCUAUGGAACAAGCCUGCGAAGGCUCCUUGACUCGCCCCAAAAAGGCCAUCCCAGCAGGCUGUGGGGUGGAUGACGAUGAGGACGAGGAGAGCAUUCUAGACACCGUUCUCAAAUUCCUGCCGGGACCCCUGCAAGACAUGUUUAAAAAGUAACAAAAAACAA